AUGGUUCGCAGCUGGACAUGGACAGGAUCCAUAGGCAGCCUUCUGCUGUCCCUCGGCCGACACCAUACUGGAGCCAUCACGGUGGAGCUGUCGGAGGUGCUGGCGCCUAGCGCCAUCACCGUGGACGCAGAGUGGCAGGGCAGUAGCAGCUUCAGUGGCACCGAUCCCAUCAGCCAUGACUGCCCGUUGUCGGGAAGGUGCAUCGGAGAAUUGACGCGGGACGGGUCCCUCGAGCUGGACUCUAGGUACGACUGCACGAGGCUCCUCGAAUCAGCCUCCUGCGGGGUACGGUACGGGCUCAUCGACAGCGCUCAGUGGGACGACAGGACAACCAUCUCUAGCGUGAAAAUUGCCCUUCACCCCGACAGCGUGCAGAGCUUCCAAGUGGGGAUCGGUCAGGACGAAUUGGAGGCAUGGGAAGCCGACCCCGACUUGACAGCGGCAGGCGAGAUGCAAGAAAUCCCCGGCGUGGAAGGCUUGACGGGGUCAGACCUUUAUAUCUACGGAGACAUGGAGAUCGGGGAGUCCCUCCGUAUACUGGAGGUGGAGAUCUACAUUACCGUGGACGAGGUCGAGGCAACCGGGGUCUCCGCUAGCACCCGGGCAUCCGUGACCGCCACAGCAUCCGCCGAUAGCGUCUCGGCCAUGAACACCUUGGACGGCGACGCGUCUGCCGCUUCGUCGUGGACUUGUUCCUCCGGGGACGAGGUGUGCGAGAUCACCUUCGACCUCCAGGCGGUGGAAUCCCUCGAACAGCUCCGCAUAGCGUUCUCCGAAGAGACUGAUGCCGUCGGGGGCGAGUUCAGCGUCAUGGUCGCCGGCGAGUCCGGCGUCUUCUCCGCCGUGCGCACGGGCCUCGAGGCCGAUCCGGCCGGCCGGCCGGUCGGCACCGACGGGCUGCAAACCUUCGGGGGCGUUCGCGCCAUGGCCCGGUACGUGAAGCUCGGGGUGACGGUGCCCACGAGCGGGGGAACAAUCGCCAUCAGUGAGGUGGAACUCAGGGUCGGCGAGGACGUCCCCGCUCGCCCGGUGGCCGAAAAGGCGUGGCUCAAGACCACCGGUCCACUCCCGCGCGCCGUUAGUUCUGGCGGUUCCCUUGACCCCAGCUACGACAUCAGGCUGCCUGAGGACGGCGGGUGCGACCCUCCGAUCCACUUCGAGGGGUGUCAUGUGUUUUAUAUCAAGGACGAGAACAUGGACUCUCGUUGGACCUGUGGCCCGCUCGUAGCCGGGUCAGACAGAAGUAGCUGGGACUGCGAGCUCGACUUCAGCCUCAACUACUUCCGAUACAUCCGUCAGAUCCAAAUCGCCUUCUACACGGGAGAUGGGGAGCACAACGAGUUUAGCAUCGAGGCGUACACCGCUGCUGGCGAGUGGGUGACGGUUGUGCCGUCAGCGAUAAGCGCCGAGGACGGCAGCGACUACCAGACCUUCGACGUGGCAGUCCACACCAACAUGAUCAGGCUGCUGCCGAAGUUCGGCCAGAUUACCGACUUCAUCGGCAUCAAGGAGGUGGGCAACCCCGAGAGGACGGACGGUGUUUUGGCUCCGCAUUUUGGUCGUCAAGACCGACCGGCGAUUUCCGCGGGGGGUGACCCCUUGUCAUUCCUGCGAUGUACGGUAUGCGUUACCGUGCGGGGGUACAAGUCCAUGUGCGGCAAACGCCACAGACAUCCAGAGACAGGCAGGGGCAAACGAAAUCAGCUGCACCGGUACGCCCUCUUCGAUCAUGGGUUGUCUUUUGCAAUCGACGGGCUGUUGCCGAUGACGAAAAACAGGAUGGAAAAUGUUGUUUUGGGCUGUAUGUCACUCGCCGCUGCAGCCCUCGUGCUGCAUAUCUUUAUCUUUGCCUACUACCACCGCCGUGACCCCUCGGACGAGACGCCUAUUUAAUCCAUCCCGAUGUUUCGCCGACGGCGGCGUGUUUGCUUGUUCGCCCCCGGUGUAUGUGCGGCCCGCGCCUCGUGUCUUUUGUGCUGCGGCCGCGGGCGCGAAGCUGGUCUUCCUGGAGAAGAGGAAGAACGAUUUCAUCGAAGGAACCAUCCCAGUCUUUUCAGCCAGAUUAAGGGUGAGUGGAUCAAGGCGUUGGUUGUCGUGUUUCGAGAGCUGUAUAUUGUACUCUGCUCCGCUGUUGGUGAUGUCGUGAGUAUAAGCCGUUGCCGUUGUUGUCGUUCCUGUAGUCGUCGUUGGCGAGGUGUCUCCUGUGUCUCCGCCGUCAUUUUCGCCCUUUUGUGUAUUAGUGUUGGUUGUCUUGGCUUCUUGGGAGCUGGUAUUCUGGCCGCUCGUAACUCUCGUUGUGGGGGUUCCUUCUUGAACAGUUCCUGGACAUUCCUUCCUGAUGAAGCACAA